UGCACGAGCCUCGAGAUGCUCGCCUUGAACGACAACGCCUUCACCGGCGGCGUCCCGAGGGAGCUCGGCGCGCUCUCUAUGCUCCACAAGCUCUACAUUUACCGGAACCAGCUCGACGGCACCAUCCCAAAGGAGCUUGGGAGCUUGCAGAGUGCUGUGGAGAUUGACCUGUCGGAGAACAAGCUCGCUGGAGUCAUCCCCCGUGAGCUUGGGAACAUACAGACCCUCCGGCUGCUCCACCUGUUCGAGAACCGCCUGCAAGGUGGCAUCCCGCCGGAGCUCGGCCAGCUGAGUGUCAUAAGGAGAAUAGACCUGUCCAUCAACAACCUCACCGGCGCAAUUCCCAUGGAAUUACAGAACCUCACUGGCUUGGAGUACCUGCAGCUGUUUGACAACCAAAUCCAUGGUGCCAUCCCUCCUUUGCUGGGAGCAAGCAGCGCACUCUCGGUGCUCGACUUGUCGGACAACCGCUUGACGGGUACCAUCCCCCCUCACCUCUGCAGGUACCAGAAGCUCAUCUUCUUGAGCCUGGGGUCGAACCGUCUCAUCGGUAAUAUCCCUCCGGGUGUCAAGGCUUGUAAGACCCUAACGCAGCUCCGGUUGGGAGGCAACAUGCUAACUGGGAGCCUGCCCGUCGAGCUGUCACUGAUGCAGAAUCUCUCGGCGCUUGAGAUGAACCAGAACCGGUUCUCUGGCCCGAUACCGCCUGAGAUCGGCAAGUUCAGGAGCAUAGAGAGGCUGAUCUUGUCGGAUAAUUACUUUGUUGGACAGAUGCCUGCUGGCAUUGGCAACCUGACGGAGCUUGUCGCCUUCAAUAUAUCAUCGAACCAGCUAAACGGACCGAUUCCCCGGGAGCUGGGAAGGUGUACAAAGUUGCAGAGGCUUGAUCUCAGCAGAAACUCCUUCACCGGCCUCAUUCCUCAGGAGCUCGGCACAUUAGUGAACCUGGAGCAGCUGAAGCUAUCUGACAAUAGUAUGAAUGGUACCAUUCCAAGAAGUUUUGGAGGCCUUGCCCGGCUCACAGAGCUGCAGAUGGGAGGCAACUGCCUGUCUGGUCAUGUGCCGGUUGAGCUUGGCAAACUCAAUACCCUCCAGAUUGCUCUAAAUGUCAGCUACAACAUGCUAUCUGGGGAGAUCCCAACUCAACUAGGGAACUUGCGCAUGCUGGAGUACCUGUUCUUGAACAACAAUGAGCUUGAAGGAGAGGUUCCUUCCUCAUUCAGUGAACUCUCAAGCCUUAUGGAGUGCAACCUUUCUUACAAUAAUCUUGUUGGGUCACUUCCCAGCACUACGCUGUUUGAGCACCUGGACAGCAGCAACUUCCUUGGGAAUGAUGGUCUAUGUGGUAUCAAAGGCAGAGCUUGUCCAGCUUCGUCAAAGUCAUCCUAUGCAAGCAGGGAAGCAGCAGCGCGGAAGAAGCGGUUUCUCAGAGAGAAGAUCAUCAGCAUUGCCUCCAUCGUCAUCAUAUUAGUUUCGUUGGUGCUGAUUGCAGUUGUUUGCUGGCUUUUAAAAUCCAAGAUACCGAAGCUUGUAUCCAGUGAGGAGCGCAAGGCUGGGUUCUCUGGUCCUCACUACUUUCUCAAGGAGCGAAUAACCUAUCCGGAGCUUUUGAAAGCGACCGAGAGCUUCUCAGAGAGUGCUGUCAUUGGAAGGGGUGCUUGUGGUAUAGUUUAUAAGGCUGUCAUGCCUGAUGGUCGGCGAAUUGCAGUUAAGAUGCUCAAAUGUCAGGGAGAAGGCUCCAAUGUAGACAAAAGCUUUCGAGCCGAGAUAACUACCCUUGCAAAUGUCAGGCACCGCAACAUCGUCAAACUAUAUGGUUUCUGCUCCAACCAGGACUCCAACCUUAUACUGUAUGAGUACAUGGAAAAUGGUAGCCUUGGAGAGUUGCUUCACGGUAGCAAGGACGCGUACCUGCUGGACUGGGACACCAGGUAUCGUGUCGCCUUUGGGGCUGCUGAAGGCCUACGAUAUCUUCACAGUGAUUGCAAACCAAAGGUGAUUCACCGUGACAUUAAGUCCAAUAAUAUACUGCUCGAUGACAUGAUGGAGGCUCAUGUGGGAGACUUCGGUUUGGCAAAAAUUAUUGACAUUUCCAACAGCAGAACAAUGUCCGCUGUAGCCGGUUCAUAUGGUUACAUUGCCCCAGAGUAUGCUUUCACCAUGAAGGUUACUGAAAAGUGUGAUAUCUACAGUUUCGGGGUGGUUUUGUUGGAACUAGUGACCGGGCAAUGUGCAAUUCAGCCUCUUGAGAAAGGAGGAGAUCUUGUCAAUUUGGUGAGGCGGACAAUGAAUAGCACGGCACCAAAUUCGGAAGUUUUCGACAACAGACUCAAUCUGCACUCAAAGAGGGUUGUGGAAGAAAUGACUCUCGUACUGAAGAUUGCAUUGUUCUGCACCAGUGAAUCACCAUUAGAUAGGCCUAGCAUGCGAGAAGUGAUAUCCAUGUUGAUCGAUGCUCGAGCCUCCUCUUGUGAUUCAUUCUCAUCUCCAGCAUCGGAGCCAGCUACCGAAGAUGAUUCUCCUUUUAAGGUUUAGAGGCAAACAUCUUCAAGCUUUUACCACUCAUCUAUCCAGGGAGUAUUCAAUGAUUAAGUUGAUAGCUGAAGACCAUUUAGUGUAUGUCCUGAGCUUCUGGAAACCGUCUCUUUACGUGGCUUCCCGAUGAAAAAGGACAUCAUCUUUCUGAUUUCUGAGCAAGAUAAAGUCCCCAGGCAGGUGGGCAAUCUCUGGAUUUAACCACUGGUUGAAGCAUUUGAGGUUGAAUAUACUUACUUCAGCUACAGCUCUUCCAGUGGAGGCAAAUAAUUCAAGCUGUUCGUUUCAUGGGACACCCAAGGAUAGGUAGAUAGGUUCAGGUCUGAAAGUUAAACAGAUCCACUGGCCUAAGGAUGAUACAGUAGGAUUAGCACUGCAUUGCACAUAUUGCCAUAGACUCACUUGACAUCUGGUACAUGUUACUAUUAAGCUACUGAGAUCACCAUCAAAAUAACAACUGGACAAGAUUCUGAACUAACUGAAGAUAGCUCGCUUGCCUUUUAUGGUACGCGCUUCAGAAUACUAA